UCAUUAGCAACACACUUGAACACUUCUUUCUUUUGAAAUCUCUCUCUACCUCUCUUAGAAAUGAAGCUCUCUAUGCGAUUGAUCUCAGCUGUUCUCGUCAUGUUCAUGAUAUUUGUAGCCACCGGGAUGGGUCCAGUCACUGUGGAGGCACGGACUUGUGAGUCAAAGAGCCAUAGGUUCAAGGGUACAUGCCUGAGUGAAUCAAACUGUAAAAACGUGUGCCAUAACGAAGGCUUUCAGGGAGGUAAUUGCCGUGGAUUCCGUCGUCGUUGCUUCUGCACCAGACAUUGCUGAUCGAUCCAUCCAUUCUCAUAACUUAAAAUCUUCGAUUGUUGGUCUUGUGUUACUUCUUCCUUAUCUUAUCUUCCGUACCGUACCAUGUCGUACCGUACAUGUCUUGUGUGUUCUCAAAUAAGUAUUUGGUUUGUGUGUUUCCGAUAUUAAUGUUAUGCUAAAUAACAUAAUGGCCUUUUCUAGUAAGAGUAUUGGAAUUUAUGUUCUAA